AUGUUACAAUAUUCGGUCUAUCAAUUGAAUAUAAUUAAUUCUACUUUGCAAUCAGAGAAGCUCGAAAUUCCACGUUCUGGAGCUGGCGGCAGCGGAGGACCGAAUCGACUGUUGCCUCCAAAGCAGCAGCAGGAUAUUCUGAUUGCCAUGAGGAAAGGUGAUCGACAUGCAAAUGUGCUCUCAGAGCUCCAAUGGAACACAAUUAAGAUUUAUACGGAUGGGGCAAUCGACCGACCAGAAAAGAAACAACGAGACAAAGGAUAUGGGGUUUGGUUCGGGACAUCUCAUCCUCUCAAUAAAAUCCAUCCACUCAGUUCAUCCUCGGAGAUGCGUAACAGCACUCUCGUGGAACUGACAGCGAUCGAAGAAGCACUGAAGCAGGUCAUAAACCCGAACUACUAUUGUUGCCAGCCGGUCGCCAUUUUCACUGAUAGUCUGGACGCGGUCAGCUACUUGAGUGGUACUCAGGACAUCCCGCCUAACAUGCAGAAAAAAGUAGCUGCAAUCAAGGAGAAGAUGGAAAAUGUUCUUGGUGGAGUUCGAUUCGAGCACGUGAAGGGCCAUGCAUACGUAUACGGUAAUGUCCAGGCAGAUAACUUCGCCGGAGCCGCCCGACUUGGCAACACAAUUCCCGACCCGACUUGGAAGGAGCUGCCAACAAGCACUCGAGUGGACAUGCGACCGGAAGAACUCCUUAUGGUGAAACGCCUUCAACAUGCAAAGGACAUUGCUGAAUUGGACUGGAAGACGAUUGUGGUGUACAUCGCUGUAAAUAAGAUCGGACACCAAUACGCAGGAUGGUUCGGAAGGGAUCACCCUCUCAAUUUCGCCUACAAUGCCGAGGGAAAGGAGACAGCCGACAAAUUGAGUCUGGCAGUCGAGACGGUGCUGGGCAAGCUCAAUGGAUGGAAGUAUUACGUUGGCAAGCCUGUGUGUAUCGUGGUCACUGAUCAGCGAUUCAAGGAGUGGGGCAAAGAUAAAGAGCUCCCGAAAGCCCUCCAGAGAGAUUUUCCUACGAGAGUGACCGCACUCACGGAACUUAUGGCGGGCCUUCAAGGUGAUGUUGUUCAAUUCCAAUCGAUUCAUGAGGAGUGGGAGGUGCCUGGCUGGAAAAAGGCCCACGCCCUGAUCCGAAGUAAAGCCGUUCGACAUCAUCCGGAUUGCCCCAAAGUGAAACCU